AGGGAGCCAGGGGGGCGUUGAAGCGGACCCCGUCUGGGAGCUCCCCGCUGGGCGUCCGGCCCGCGGAGGCGCGAGUUUGCUGACUCGGAGGGAGCCGCUGGGGCGGGGGCGAGUGCUAAUAAUACCCGUUCGUUCCGCAGCCGCGCUUUACAGUUGACACAGCUGUCACCUUCGUUCCUCCUUAAUUAAUAAUAAAAAUAGCCGCCGUUCGGGAGCGCGGGCUGGGCGCCAGGCCCGGUACCGAGCGCGGUACGAGGCCGGCUCCCAGAGCCGGCCCUCGCCACAGGAUCCCCAUUUUCCAGAGCGGGAAGCCGAGGCUCAGCCUCGCGCCGCGACUUGCCCGAGGUCACCCAGUGGGCCAGCGGCUCCGGGACCGAGGCGCGGGGCGGGUUGAGGCCGGCGCUGCAGGCAGCGGCGGCUGCGCGGCGAACGAGGCGGCCUGCGCGGCGGAGUGCUGAGUCCCGAUCCCCGGUUCUGUCCGGCCCACGGAUCCUCAAGCCCGGGCCCCGGGCCCGGCCCCAGCCUCAGCCCCCAGCGUCUCCGGGCGGAUGGCGCGGGGCGGCGGGCGCGGGCGGUGCUGAGCCCUGCGCGGGCCAUGGCCUCGGCCUGCGGGGCGCCGGGCCCGGGAGGCGCGCUGGGCAGCCAGGCCCCCUCCUGGUACCACCGCGACCUGAGCCGCGCGGCCGCGGAGGAGCUGCUGGCCCGAGCGGGCCGCGAUGGCAGCUUCCUGGUCCGAGACAGCGAGAGCGUGGCGGGGGCCUUCGCGCUCUGCGUCCUGUAUCAGAAGCAUGUGCACACGUAUCGCAUUCUGCCUGAUGGAGAAGAUUUCUUGGCUGUGCAGACCUCGCAGGGUGUGCCUGUGCGCCGCUUCCAGACCCUGGGUGAGCUCAUCGGCCUGUACGCCCAGCCCAACCAGGGCCUUGUGUGCGCCCUGCUUCUUCCUGUAGAGGGGGAGCGAGAGCCGGACCCGCCGGAUGACCGGGAUGCCUCAGAUGGGGAGGAUGAGAAGCCCCCGCUGCCCCCGCGCUCUGGCUCCACCAGCAUUUCUGCCCCCACUGGGCCCAGCAGUCCCCUGCCAGCUCCUGAGACUCCCACAACUCCAGCUGCUGAGAGUGCUCCCAAUGGGCUGAGCACCGUCUCGCACGAGUACCUGAAAGGCAGCUAUGGGCUGGACCUGGAAGCUGUGCGGGGUGGAGCCAGCCACCUGCCCCACCUCACCCGUACCCUCGCCACCUCAUGCCGGAGGCUGCACAGUGAGGUGGACAAGGUCCUGUCAGGCCUGGAGAUCCUGUCCAAGGUGUUUGACCAGCAGAGCUCGCCCAUGGUGACCCGCCUUUUGCAGCAGCAGAACCUGCCACAGACAGGGGAGCAGGAACUAGAGAGCCUGGUGCUGAAGCUGUCAGUGCUAAAGGACUUCCUGUCAGGCAUCCAGAAGAAGGCCCUGAAGGCCCUACAGGACAUGAGCUCCACAGCACCCCCGGCUCCGCAGCCAUCCACACGUAAGGCCAAGACCAUCCCCGUGCAGGCCUUUGAGGUGAAGCUAGAUGUGACCCUGGGUGACCUGACCAAGAUUGGGAAGUCGCAGAAGUUCACGCUGAGCGUGGAUGUGGAGGGUGGGCGGCUGGUGCUGCUGCGGAGACAGCGGGACUCCCAGGAGGACUGGACCACCUUCACGCACGACCGCAUCCGCCAGCUCAUUAAGUCCCAGCGUGUCCAGAACAAGCUGGGUGUUGUGUUUGAGAAGGAGAAGGACCGGACUCAGCGCAAGGACUUCAUCUUUGUCAGUGCCCGGAAGCGGGAGGCCUUCUGCCAGCUGCUGCAGCUUAUGAAGAACAAGCACUCCAAGCAGGACGAGCCCGACAUGAUCUCCGUCUUCAUAGGCACCUGGAACAUGGGAAGUGUACCACCUCCAAAAAACGUGACAUCCUGGUUCACAUCGAAGGGUCUGGGGAAGACCCUGGACGAGGUCACAGUGACCAUACCCCAUGACAUCUAUGUCUUUGGGACCCAGGAGAACUCAGUGGGCGACCGCGAGUGGCUGGACCUACUGCGCGGAGGCCUCAAGGAGCUUACAGAUCUGGAUUACCGCCCGAUUGCCAUGCAAUCACUGUGGAAUAUCAAGGUGGCAGUGCUGGUCAAGCCAGAGCACGAGAACCGUAUCAGCCACGUCAGUACGUCCAGUGUGAAGACUGGCAUCGCCAACACCCUGGGGAACAAGGGGGCUGUGGGCGUCUCCUUCAUGUUCAAUGGCACCUCAUUUGGCUUUGUGAACUGUCACCUCACCUCGGGAAAUGAGAAGACGGCUCGGAGGAACCAGAACUACUUGGACAUCCUGCGGCUGCUCUCGCUGGGCGACCGGCAGCUCAGUGCCUUUGACAUCUCUCUGCGUUUCACGCACCUCUUCUGGUUUGGGGACCUCAACUACCGCCUGGACAUGGAUAUCCAGGAGAUCCUGAACUACAUCAGCAGGAAGGAGUUUGAGCCCCUUCUCAGGGUGGACCAGCUCAACCUGGAGCGGGAGAAGCACAAGGUCUUCCUUCGAUUCAGUGAGGAGGAGAUCUCCUUCCCACCCACCUACCGCUAUGAGCGGGGUUCCCGGGACACAUAUGCCUGGCACAAGCAGAAGCCAACUGGGGUCCGGACCAAUGUGCCCUCAUGGUGUGACCGGAUUCUGUGGAAAUCCUACCCUGAAACUCACAUCAUCUGCAAUUCUUAUGGUUGCACUGAUGACAUCGUCACCAGCGACCAUUCCCCUGUGUUUGGGACAUUUGAGGUUGGAGUUACCUCCCAGUUCAUCUCCAAGAAAGGGCUCUCGAAGACUUCAGACCAGGCCUACAUUGAGUUUGAGAGCAUCGAGGCCAUUGUGAAGACAGCCAGCCGCACCAAGUUCUUCAUCGAGUUCUACUCUACCUGCCUGGAGGAAUACAAGAAGAGCUUUGAGAAUGAUGCCCAGAGCAGUGACAACAUCAACUUCCUCAAAGUGCAGUGGUCUUCACGCCAGCUGCCCACGCUCAAACCAAUUCUGGCUGAUAUCGAGUACCUGCAGGACCAGCACCUCCUGCUCACAGUCAAGUCCAUGGAUGGCUAUGAAUCCUAUGGGGAGUGUGUGGUUGCACUCAAGUCCAUGAUCGGCAGCACGGCCCAACAGUUCCUGACCUUCCUGUCCCACCGUGGCGAGGAGACAGGCAAUAUCAGAGGCUCCAUGAAGGUGCGGGUGCCCACGGAGCGCCUGGGCACCCGUGAGCGGCUCUACGAGUGGAUCAGCAUUGAUAAGGAUGAGGCAGGAGCAAAGAGCAAAGCCCCCUCUGUGUCCCGAGGGAGCCAGGAGCCCAGGUCAGGGAGCCGCAAGCCAGCCUUCACAGAGGCCUCCUGCCCGCUUUCCAGGUUAUUUGAAGAACCAGAGAAACCGCCACCAACGGGGAGGCCCCCAGCCCCACCCCGAGUAGCUCCCCGGGAGGAGCCCUUGACCCCCAGGUUGAAGCCAGAGGGAGCUCCUGAACCAGAAGGGGUGGCGGCCCCCCCACCCAAGAACAGCUUCAAUAACCCUGCCUACUACGUCCUUGAAGGGGUCCCGCACCAGCUGCUGCCCCCGGAGCCACCCUCACCUGCCAGGGCCCCUGUCCCAUCUGCCACCAAGAACAAAGUGGCCAUUACAGUGCCUGCUCCACAGCUUGGGCGCCACCGGCCCCCUCGUGUGGGAGAGGGGAGUUCUUCAGAUGAGGAGUCUGGAGGCACACUGCCCCCUCCAGACUUUCCACCUCCACCACUGCCGGACUCAGCCAUCUUCCUGCCCCCCAGCCUGGAUCCUUUACCAGGGCCAGUGGUCCGGGGCCGUGGUGGGGGUGAGGCCCGUGGCCCACCGCCUCCCAAGGCCCAUCCAAGGCCCCCACUGCCCCCAGGCCCCUCACCAUCCAGCACUUUCCUGGGGGAAGUGGCCAGUGGGGAUGACCGUUCCUGCUCCGUGCUGCAGAUGGCCAAGACGCUGAGCGAGGUGGACUACGCCCCUGCUGGGCCCCCACGCUCAGCACUCCUCCCAGGCCCCCUGGAGCUGCAGCCCCCCCGGGGACUGCCCUCGGACUAUGGCCGGCCCCUCAGCUUCCCUCCACCCCGCAUCCGGGAGAGCAUCCAGGAAGACCUGGCAGAGGAGGCUCCGUGCCUGCAGGGCGGGCGGGCCAGCGGGCUGGGCGAGGCAGGCAUGAGCGCCUGGCUGCGGGCCAUCGGCUUGGAGCGCUAUGAGGAGGGCCUGGUGCAUAAUGGCUGGGACGACCUGGAGUUUCUCAGUGACAUCACCGAGGAGGACUUGGAGGAGGCUGGGGUGCAGGACCCGGCUCACAAGCGCCUCCUUCUGGACACCCUGCAGCUCAGCAAGUGAUAGCGGAGGCACCACGAAGCUGUGAACUCAGCGCCCCUCCCUGCUACCAAGGCCCAGCUAUGGCCCCAGGGUUGAACAGUUAUGAGGGUCAGGGCAGUAUCUCUCUGCCUAUUUAUUGGGGUGCCUAUUUAUUGGGGAUCUGCAUUCCCCGCUGCCGAAUCAUUUGCAAUGCCCUAAUUAGGGCAUCCUGCCCCUCGCCUUUUAGGCUCAGGAUGGAAGGUCAGUUGCCAUGGUUACCGAGGACCCUGGUUACUCUGGUGCUGUCCUCUUUUACUGGACCCCGCCUCCCAGCCCCAGGGGUGCCUGUGGGGGUCCAUUUGGGUACGUCUGGGCCCCCACUUUCACCAGCUUCUGCGGCCUUCCACCGGGCCUGAACCACAGCGGAGACGCUCCGCUAAGACCCCCCCACCCCCGCUGGGGGUGGGGGCGGGUGUCCGUCCGGAAAUGAAGGAAUAGCCCGAGGACCGGGCUGGGGUUUAUUUAAACUGUUCUGUGUGGGUUUGGGGAGGGAGGGCACCUUAAUAUUAUUGGGGUUGGUUGGGGUGGGGCAGGAUCUCAGCCAUAAAGUGCCAGUUUGCUUAGUUCUGUCUCCUGGUCUGUGCUGCCCUGCGCUGGGGAUGCACGGCGGCAGGGUGGGGGAGGGAGGUUCCUCGCAGGUCUCAGCCCGGGACAGGGUUUUGCAGGCAGCCUCCUGGGCAGUCGGAAGGGUUGCGGCGUGAUGUCUUCAAUAAAUUAAGUUUUAUUUGGAUUGAGUAAAA